AUGGACAUCCACGACGAUCCGAGUGCUACCACAACUACCACGGACUACGAUUCAGGUGAUAGUGUCCGCAUCGACUAUGUCUACGAAGGACGGAAGGGCACCGAGAGAAAGAGCACAAAAGGGAGGAGCCCUAGGAGAAAGAGGUCACCCAAGCCCAAGGCACGCGGACUCGCCAAGUGCACGUGUGGAGCAGGCCGAGCGGAGGACGACGAUGAGAUUACCGCUUUCGAAGAGGACACAGACACCGAAGAGGAACGAGAUCGGCGAAGACGCUCGACAAAACCCCGACCGUCCGGGGCCGGGGGCACCCCAGGAUGCGAUGCCAAAGACCACAAGGUUGACAAGAAAAAGGCCACCGAAAGCAAAACCCGGCGUGUGCAGACCCCCUACAUUGAAGACUACCCGGACGAUGCUCCAAAGCCAACAAUCAUCCUGAAGGAACACACGAUUCUACGCAGGUCAUCGACAUCUGACACGAAGCGCGUGCGUGACUCAGAGGACUGUUCAUCGUCGGGCUCCCGGGAUAGGUCUUUGUUAGGGAAACGACAACCGCCGCGACCGCCUCGUCGUUCUUCCAAAGAGUCACCCAAACAUUCUAGACCUCACAGGCGCCACCACAUCACACACGAAACACGUGAGAACAAGUCUUCGGGCUCCGAGCUCAGGGAUUUCCAAUCCGACUCCGGGGAGUCAGCCUUGAACGUGCGCCGUCCACGUUAUGAACCUAGUCCGGAGCCGGCUUCAACGGUUGCUCGCAGUUCGGCAUGGACCGAUAACUCCCAGCUGAACUACUCUUCCUCGUGGCCGCUGCAGGACGGAUCACACCUUCUCCAGCGACAAAUCGAAAACGGUGAACGUGAUUACGACAGCGAAGAGGGAAGGGAUGAGCACCCCUUGAACAAUGAUGACAACUACAAUGAACACCAUCGUUUUAGCCAAACGAGGACUCCGUCGUUCCGAGAACGAGGCCCGGCGAGGGAACUGGAACGGCAUCGGGAGCUACUGCAGCAGGCGACCCCGCCACCGGAACACGAGCGCAGAAACGAGUGCGAGAGGCCAGCUCCUCCCCCGCGCCGCCCAAGGACCGUCAUCAGCCAUGCUAGCAUGGCAACCAUGGAACAGGGCUACCGCUCCGUCGCCACGUCCGUGUGUGAGGUGUGGCGUGGCAAGGCUGAGGACUGGGAAUCUCCGUACGUCUCGGCCAGCGACGGGGAUUACGAGUCGGACGCCGAGGAGCCCAUUCAGCUUCUACGGACGGAGGAUCUGCCUCCGCGCAGGUACUCCCCUCGCCUUCUCCCGCCCCGAGGGGAGAGAGGAGACUUUGGGUUUCGACCAACGCCCCCUCCUCCCCCUCCGUACCCGCACCAUCCCCGAACGUACAUGGGAGAGCACUCGUCCGGUCCUGCCCCUAGCCUCCACCAAGGCCAGUCUUGGCCCGCAUCCGACCGAGCUUCAGCCCCGAGCAUCUCACUGGCCGAGGCCCAGCCCUCUCGGAGGAUGGACACACCCCCUCCCGCCGCGGUCCCGCGCCGUCUCACCCGUCUUCUCGGCAAGGAGAACGCGAGAGUUCCUUUCGCCCAAACCGACGAGGGCGGCGCGGUUUGA